AAAAUAAUAAAAAUGAGAGUCAAUCGCGGAAAAAAAAUAUCUCGUCCAGCGCGAAAUGUUAAUCUCGUGCUGUAUGCAAUGAAAAAUUUGGGCGAGGAAAAUGGCAGUACUGUUAAUAACAUCAUCGAGUAUAUUUCGGAUACUGUUGAGUAUCCUGCUUCUAAGCGCGAGGUGGUGGCAGCGCUGAAGCGGGGGGUUGAAUUCGGAAUAAUGGAUCGAAAGCGCGGGCGGUAUUUCCUGCCGGGAGAAAAACGUCGUAUAAAUUUAUCAGGCGGCAAUCGUCAGGAUAGCUCUAGCGGGAAAAGUGAGAGCAACGUUAGCACCGUGGAUGCCAGAGCUACCGGAAGGUCCAGAGUCUCAGAGCGGGGUCAUCGGUUUAAAUCCCGAAAUACCGAUAAAACAAAGCGAGAAGGUGGCGGAAAAUCCAAGGAUUCCUCCCGUCGUAAAAGUAAGCCCAAGAGGAAACCCAAACAAAAGUCAAAAUCCGUCAAGCGGACGAGAUUUGCACGGUCACUAAAGUCUUACGACCUGUCGGACUACUACAAGAACCCCUCGUACCGAGCAUCCGGGGUCUCCUCCAUUGAUUCGAUGGAAUACUGGGAGGACGAGGGACCCGACGGUUACUCCCGGCCAAGCUACAUCAAUUAG